GCCAGGUAGUGCUCUCGGCCCCUCCUCCACCACGCCCCUCCUCUGAGAGCCUCAGCCCGGCGACCUGAGCGGGACUGAGCGCCUCACCUGGCUCACCUUACAGCCGCGCUGAAACUUAAUGCCACAGAACAAAGGUACCGGGAAAUAAGCAGUUAUUGUCAGAGACCUCAGGAGUCACAUAUCCUGCUCUAUGUUGACAUGGAACCAGUGUACCGGGGUCUGGGUCGCUGUGUGUGCUGUUUCUGGCUCGCAGUAGCCUUUGACAUUGUGGGGCUGCUCGUCCUUCUCAUCGGGGUGUUUGUCAACGUGUUUUUCUAUGACCUGCUCAUCUACGCGGGCGCCAUCGUCAUCUUCCUCAGCCUCAUCUGGUGGGUGUUCUGGUACUCUGGGAACAUCGAGGUGCCUCCGGCGGAGCUGGAGGAUGAUGUCGGGCUGCUGAAGAAGGACAAGGGCGGUCUGAGCGGUAUCAGCGGCGCGGUGAGGCGCCUCUCCAGCCGCGUGUCCAGCGGCUUCAGGAACUCUUUCCGCAGGAACGGGGGGCCGUCUGGGACCAGCGGCCGCGCUCGGUCAGCCGCCGGGCCGCCGGUGGCCCCACAGGCGGAACAGGUGGUCGUUGCUAUGGCAACAAUGAACCCGCAGGAGAAUACCCCACACACCGCUGUCUCCUCAGUGGCGGGCUGUGACAUAGAGAUGCCGCACACUACCACAGAGACUUCACCUACAUAAAUAGACCUAGGCCGACAGGUGAGGGCCUGCACACUCUGCCUUUACUCCGUAUGGGCCUAAAGUAACACACCAGGCUGAGGACAUGAGGAGCGUGGAAACGGGAGGGUUCAGUGUUGAAUCCUGACUGGUGUGACCCCUACAUUUAAAACCUACCUACAGUGUGGUUAUGUUUUCUGUAGGUUUUUGAAGGCUAACUGUGCACUUCCGUCUCUAAGUGAUACUGAGGUCGUUUCAGAAAUAUAAUUCUAAUUCUAAUGAAGAAACUCAAAUCUUGUUUCACUUCAUUUUUUUCAGUAUGUUGAACCUAAAAUCUGUCAAAUUUAGAUUAAUAUAUAUAUAUAUAUAUAUAUAUAUAUAUAUAUAUAUAUAUAUAUAUAUAUAUAUAUAUAUAUAUAUAUAAGAUCAAAACAGCAACAGUUUGGAGUGUUUGUGUGUUUGAUGCUUGAUAUGAAACUAACAGGUAAAACGUCCUGACAUUAUUGACACAAGAAGAUACAAUGGUCCUGUUUUAAAUCAGUUCAUUUUAAGAGAGUUUAACAGCUAAAAAUCACAUUAAUGGUCUUUAUUUAAUGUUAUAUUCUAUAAUACUGUGGUAAAGGUCUUGUUUUAAUGAAGGCUCCCUCUUCACUUAGUUUAACAUUAUUCUUUUUUUCCUGUUUGAUGUAGGUUAAAUGUGGAACUAAAAGGACUACCUGUAGUUAUGGCAGUAAGUCUCUUAUCAUUGGAUAAUCAUUAACCACUGCUCAGUAAAAGACAAGCCCUUAGUUUAAACAAUAGCAGGCUUACCUGAAACUUCCUCGAAAACCCUGUCAUUUCCACUCUGUGCACAAGUUUUAACUUUUUAUCAUUAGUUCUGUGCUGCACUGAACAGAGGACAGCCUGCCCUACAGUGUCCUCAGCUGUCUUCAGCUGACUCCAGUUGAUGCUCAACCUUUUUACUAUUUGUGUGUUGAGAAAUUAGAAUUUGGCAACUUGGAUUCAGUCUGAGAUCAGUAAGGAUCAUUGCAGCAAUUCCAUGACGGUUGCAAAAAUGAUUACAUUAAAUAAAUUAUAGUGAUGUACAUGACCCAAGAAUUACAUCUUCAUAUCACUGUUUGUUAGAAAAAUCAGAAUGAACAUGGGUUCAACCAGAGCAGCUUUUUACAUCGAAGCAAAUAAACCUCAGCAAUUAUCCAGAAUAACUUAGUCUGAACUCAAAGCUUCAGUGUGUAACUUUUUAAAUCUUUUGGUUGAAACAUGAUCCAAAACAUAUUGUAAUGAGGAGAGGUGCUGUCAAAGCUUCUGUGUUCCUGACUCAUUGACUCCAUUUACAUCUAUCAUUAAAGUGUCUUGUAUCCAGAUUGUUUCUAUAUAUGAUUUUAACCUGAUUGCUGAUACAAAAUGUGCUGUGACACUUUCUAUGUGAACAGAAGUUUGUAGUAUUUUUAGAAGAGCAGAAAAUGUACAGUCUCAUGGCUGGAAAGAAUGCCUCCUCAUACCAACUCUGGGGAAGACGGGUUUCCAGUAACCUACUCCACACCCUUCACAGAAAUGAACUGCAAAACAAGCAGUAUUUAGAGGGACUUUAAAAGUUCUAGUCACUGAUAUUUGUAAUCAUAUUUCUGACUGUUUUAAUUAGUAUAUAUGCUUUUAUGUAAUGAUUGUUUUGUGUGACUGAAUUGUCUUGCUGUGAUGUUUUAUACAGUAUAUCUGAAUUGCUGUAAGGUU